AUGAUUGAGAGGUUUCUUAAAAUUGUAGAUUGGAUUAGUCCUAUGUUGUUAAGAGAUUGUUCUGGACCUAGCAUGUUGUCUGCUUAUGAUAUCGAGGCUCUUCAACAAUUAGUUAGACUCUUGAAACCGUUAGAACAUGUAACAAAAGAGUCUUCAGGUGAAAAGUAUGUGACCAUUUCAAAAAUUAUACCAAUGAUAAAUUGUCUUGUCGCACAAUUAAAUAAAAUUAAACCAAGUACUGAUAGUAUAUCUGAUGUACAAGUAACUUUGCUACGAGAAAUUAAUAAACGUUUUGGAUCAAUUGAGUUGGUCACUUCAAUUGCAAUUUCUACUCUACUAGACCCUAGAUUUAAAAAUUUACAUUUUCAUGAUGCAAAUGCGUGCUCAAAAGCAAUGUCAACUCUAAGAAAAAUGAUGAAUAAUGAUCUAGUUGAUACUACAACAACCGAUACAUUGAGAGAAUGUGACGCUCCUACAACGGAAACAUAUAAUUUUUGGAAUCACCACGAGUCAUUAGCACUCGGUCAAAAAACCAAUAGACCCGAUGGAAUUAUAAAUGAUGAGUUAUCACUUUAUUUAACAAAUCCAGUGGUUCCAUUGAUAACCAAUCCCUUGGAAAAAUGGGAAGAACUAAAGAAUAUUUUUUCUUUACUGUAUAAGCAAGCAAGAAUUAAUUUUGCAAUGGUUGCUACUUCUGUCCCUUGCGAACGGUUAUUUUCCAAAGCAGGCGCUACUAUAACAAAAACUAGAAACCGUUUAACAGGAAAACGUCUAGAAAAGUUACUUUUCCUAGGUUGUUUCAAUGAAGAAGACUGGUUUUAA